AUGGAAAACACCUGGUUUGUUCAUGUCAAGGUUCUACACGCUUGGAGACAAACCAUUCAAUCAGUUGAUACCAUGGAAUUCGUUUUGGUUGAUGAGACUGUUUCUCCUGCUGGUGGAGCGUAUCGAACCACGAAUCAUGCCUGGAAGAUUGUUUUCAAUCAGAAUACGUCCAUUACCCGAUCUAAUCAUUCUAACGAUGAGUUGUACCUAGAUUUGGUCGACUUUCAGACGGUUUUGUCUGGAACACUUGAUGACAAUCUACUAAUUGAUGUUCUGGGUCAAGUUGUCGAUUGUGGUGAGGUCGAAACCAUCCAGUGUGCCGGGGGAAAGCAACGUAAAAAGCUAGAUUUGAUUCUAAGCGACAUCAAGAUCAAUGCUGAUGAGAAAUUUCUAACAUCAUUUAUGAGUAAUGAGGACAGUCAUGAGGACAACAACAAACAAGUUUCGCUUUCAGGGAAGCGAGGAAAUCGUGAUAAGUGGUUACUCUUUCCCUCUAAGAGCAUCCAAGAAAUGAUAACAUCAACUCAAAUUGAUAGAUGCCUGGUGAGAUGCACAGUGUACGCCAUUGAUAUAGAUUGGUCGUGGUAUUAUUUUGGAUGUAAAGCUUGCAACAAAAAAGUGAUCAAAACAGGAACCCAAGUUAAGAAACUGAAUGUUCAAGAGAUCGUCACUCAUAGUUGGUGGUGUGAGACUUGCAAAGACACUGUCUUCGAAGUUUCACCGAGAUUCUGGCUGCACUUGAUGAUCAAUGAUGAUACAGGCCUUGAAGAUCCUACCUUAUUGCCCGAAUGUAUUACUGAUUUGAUUGGCAAAGACUUCACCUUCGGAGUCUAUGUUGAGAAAGAAAAUGUUGCCUACGGUGCUGAAAUUUAUAAGGUGGGGAAAAUCUACAAAGACAAAACCCCCUCUGUUUCUAAUGUAAUCACUACUGGUCAAGACAAUAAGCCUUUGUCAAUUACUUAUGUUGAUGAGGACUCACAUGACAUAAGUGAAAGUCAAGAAACUGCCAAUGCUAUUUCUACACUAUCCAUUAAGAGAAAAGAAGAGGAGACUAACGAGCAGGGUGAUCUAAGUUCGACAUCAAAGAAGCCUUGCAUAAGGCUUAUCAAGCUUGAGAAAGUCGAGCAGGCUAAGAAGAACGAUUGA